AGGACAACAAUUCUUCUUAGGCGAUCUUUAGAAGCUCCAGGCAUUCCCGGAACUUAUUUCCUGGUAACAACUCAAAGACUUCAAAACACGGAACCGCACAAACUGGAACUCCCAACUCCUAGCAACAGAUAAGUGAUAACUCGCCUUGUAGACUUUCUAUCUGCUCAAACCAACGCUCUGAUACCAAUUGUUGGGUUUUUACAAACCCAUGUCCAACUCUCUAUUGUCCGAUUAGUACGAUAUUGUCCACUUUGGACCCGAAGGCAAGGCCCGCAUGGAUUUGUUUCUGGGACUCCUUCCCAAAAGGCCUCGUACUAAUCAGAGUUGGACAUCCUUUUAUAUACUAGACAUUAUUUGUCUAAACUUCCAAUGUGGGACUUUGUUUGCAUUCUCAACAGAGACAGCAAUUAUUCUCUAUUCAUACUAGAAAAAUGUAAGGGAAAAUAAUAAAAUAUUUUUUGGGUCUAAAAGGUACACACCAAUAUAUAGUUGAGAGAAUAAAAUAUAUAAAAUAGCACGUUAAUAUAAAAUAUCACGUUAACAAAACAACGAUAAUAUUAGAACUUACAAUAGCCAAACAGUAUUUGAUUAGUCGUGUACUGUAGUACUGUAAAUUUCUCGACUAUUUGAUUUAGGGGUUAGUGAGUGAUUUUUCCUAACUAUUGGCGUUAGAUUUAUAUAUAACAUGAGACUAUAACCUAUUCUGUAGGGCCAGUAUUGGCCAGAUCUUGAAUAAAAAUACAAUAAUGUUCUUUAAAAUAUUUGGUUGGAGUUUAGGUGAAACUAAAACCGGUAUAACAUUUGAUUAAAAAGGAAGAAAUUAAUUUAAGACAUAAAUUAAAACGACUAGAUAUGUUAUAGUAAUAGACUGAAAACGAUACCUCUAGUGGAAUACAAGAAGAUCAGACCAUUAUUUUCAUUUGAGCACCACAUUCUCUCUUUCUACAUUUGUAUAUAAACACGCAACCAGUACCUUGAUCAAACAAAACACCAACUCAUCUUCUCUAACAAGAAUCAUCAAACACACAAAGAAAAGACAUAAACACAGAGAAUUAAGAAGAAAAAUGACAAAAGUUCACCCGAAGUUCCCAAACACUUACGAGGAAAGCUUGUGUGAUAGUAAAGCAGCCGUAGUAUUAACGGUGUGGAAGAAGUCUCUUCUCUUCAACUGCGAUGGAUUCACAGUUUACAACUCCGAUGGACAUCUUGUCUUUAGGGUUGACAACUACAUGAAUUCUCCUAGAGACAACAUCGUCCUUAUGGACGCUUCCGGCUUACCUCUCCUCUCCAUCCGCCGCAAGAAGUUGAGCCUAGGAGAUUGUUGGGCGGUAUACGAUGGAGAAACGCAAAGAGAUCCAUUAUUUACGGCAAAGAAAAACGUUAGCAUAUUAACAAACAAGAAGAGCUUGGCGUGGGUUAGCUCCAAGAAGACAGUACUAUACGAGAUUGAAGGAUCAUAUGGUCAGAGAAGCUGCAAAAUAGUGGACGUGAAGAGGGACAAGAAGAAAACGGCAGAGAUCAAGAAGAAAGAUGCAAUGGUUGGAGGAGGUUCCUUUGGCAAAGAUGUGUUUAAACUUAUAGUUGAAGCGGAGAUGGAGCCUCGUGUGGCCAUGGCAUUGACCAUCAUUCUCGACCAAAUGUCACGAUCUUAUUGAUUUUUCAAGCUUUUGUAAGUAUAUAUUAGUGUUCCUUUUUGGUAUGUAAUAUAUGCAUGUGUGUUCUUAUAUGUUACACAUGAAUAGAAACAACUUUUGUUUUCA